CACUGGACCUCAACUACGGAUGGAGCCCGGCUGCAGCACCCCAGCCAUCCAUGCAUCACGCACUACCACGCUGCCGUGCAGCGUGUAGGUCCACUAUGAAGGCGCACUGCGCUGCCGCCGCGCUUUCUUCGCCAUCACCGAGAGCAGCUGCUCUCCUCAUUCCCCGAGCAGCUGCAGUGAGGACGGAUCCGGCGUGCGCGGUGUGAUAAGAAGCGUAGCUGCAUGGACAACACAACAGGACUGUGAUACGAUUCCAGAUCGAGGCUAUCGCAUCGGUGCUUAUUGACUGACUUGGAUAUCGCGGUAUAGCAGGUUUAGCAGAGUAUUGCUGCAGUCACUCGCUCAAGAUGGAGAACACAGCUCAGAAUGCAUAUUCCGAGCCGCUAUGCUCAAGACCAGAGCUAUUCUGGCGUCCUCAAACGCCGCAACAAACAACAUCGCCUACUUCAGCAUGCUCAGAAGCUACCGUCAGGCCGCACCAAAUCGAGCCACCAGCAUAUACGAGUGCGCCAUACCUCGAUAGUCCACUAUCGCAACACUGCGAAAGCUCGCCAACAAAUGCAAGCCCAAUAUCACCUACAGGAUACCAGCAAUCGCUUACCUUCCAAAUCUACUCACCCGCCGCCGACCUCGCACCCUUGAGUCGUUCUUCUUACUCAGAUGAUGGGGAUGGGGAGGAAGACAGGAAUGUUCCGCUGGCGCAGUUCCUACUCUACCCCUGCGAUGCGCCGCCGGCGUACUCGACUGUCGUACGGCAAUCAUACCGCGAGACGUUUCUACAACAUAUACCGCGACACCCUGUGAUUGUGGAUCUGGAUGAGGAGGCUGCGCUUGAGAUGAUGCGCGCAGAUGAUGUGAGUUUCACGAUUGAACGGGUGGUGGCCAUGGCUGCAGUGAUAGCGUUGCUGCUGCUCACUGGAAUAUGGGUGGGGCUUGUGUUCAUUAGGAGGUGAAGAGGCCAAGUGGACGGUGUGCAAACGCGGUUCCUGGAAGGAGAAGGGCGAAGUCUACUGAACGAGGAAGGGCUUGCAUAAUCCAAUGGGCAUUGUGUGAUGGAUACUGGAUAGGUUUGGAGAAGAACUUCACGUUGGAUACAGGGAAGGAUCGGGCUGGAUGGGUUGGAUGUGCGAUUACAAUGAUACCUCAACAGCGACAAAUCUACAGCAACAAAUUUAAGCGAUUAGCUGCAGGCCAGAG